CUAGGAGCCCCUCUCCCGUCGGUGGUUUUUCGCCCUCCACUCCCGGCUCUCAGUCCUCCUCGGUCUCGGCUGAGGCGGCGGUGGAGGUGAAACCGGGGCGGGGGAACGGGAAUAUCCGGAGCCAUCCGCCAAAAUGGUGAAUUUCACAGUAGACCAGAUCCGAGCGAUCAUGGACAAAAAGUCCAACAUCAGGAACAUGUCUGUGAUUGCUCAUGUUGACCAUGGCAAGUCUACACUUACAGAUUCAUUGGUGUGUAAAGCUGGUAUCAUUGCUUCAGCCAGAGCUGGUGAAACACGAUUUACUGACACACGGAAAGAUGAGCAGGAAAGAUGUAUCACAAUCAAGUCUACGGCUAUUUCUCUGUAUUAUGAGCUUUCAGAAAACGAUUUGGCCUUUAUCAAGCAGUCCAAAGAUGGCUCCGGCUUCCUCAUUAAUUUAAUUGACUCUCCUGGACAUGUGGAUUUCUCCUCUGAAGUCACAGCAGCACUUCGUGUCACUGAUGGCGCUCUUGUCGUUGUUGACUGUGUUUCAGGGGUUUGUGUGCAGACUGAGACUGUACUUCGCCAGGCAAUUGCUGAGCGUAUCAAGCCAGUGCUAAUGAUGAACAAGAUGGACCGUGCUUUGCUGGAGCUGCAGCUAGACCGAGAAGAGCUUUACCAGACCUUCCAGCGCAUUGUGGAAAAUGUCAACGUUAUAAUCUCCACUUAUGGAGAGGGUGAAACUGGACCCAUGGGUAAUAUUAUGAUUGAUCCAGUCAUUGGUACCGUUGGCUUUGGCUCUGGCCUGCAUGGUUGGGCUUUUACUCUUAAACAGUUUGCCGAGAUGUAUGUAGCCAAAUUUGCUUCCAAAGGGGAGAAGACGCAGCUCUCUGCAGCUGACAGGGCCAAGAAGGUAGAAGAUAUGAUGAAAAAGCUAUGGGGAGACAAGUAUUUUGACCCAGCAACUGGAAAAUUCAGCAAAUCGGCAGCCAGCCCCGAUGGAAAAAAAUUGCCACGGACAUUCUGCCAACUCAUCCUGGAUCCUAUUUUUAAGGUCUUUGAUGCCAUUAUGAACUUUAAAAAGGAAGAGGCGUCCAAGCUGAUAGAGAAGUUGGAUAUCAAGCUAGAUGCUGAAGACCGAGAAAAGGAGGGGAAGCCGCUUCUCAAGGCUGUGAUGCGUCGAUGGUUGCCUGCUGGAGAUGCCUUACUUCAGAUGAUUACCAUCCAUCUGCCUUCCCCUGUAACUGCACAGAAAUAUCGCUGCGAACUUCUGUAUGAGGGACCGCCUGAUGACGAAGCAGCAAUGGGUGUUAAGAACUGUGACCCAAAGGGGCCUUUGAUGAUGUACAUCUCCAAAAUGGUCCCCACCUCUGACAAAGGCCGUUUCUACGCCUUUGGACGGGUCUUCUCUGGCAUUGUUUCCACAGGCCAGAAAGUGCGAAUAAUGGGACCAAAUUACACCCCAGGAAAGAAGGAAGAUCUCUACUUAAAGCCCAUUCAGAGAACCAUUUUGAUGAUGGGUCGUUAUGUUGAGCCCAUUGAGGAUGUACCUUGUGGCAACAUUGUUGGUCUAGUUGGUGUUGACCAGUUUUUGGUGAAGACGGGCACCAUUACCACCUUUGAACAUGCCCACAACAUGAGAGUGAUGAAAUUUAGUGUUAGCCCAGUUGUACGUGUUGCAGUUGAAGCAAAAAACCCUGCCGACCUACCAAAACUAGUGGAAGGUCUAAAGCGUCUCGCCAAGUCUGACCCUAUGGUCCAGUGCAUUAUUGAGGAAUCUGGAGAGCACAUCAUUGCUGGAGCUGGUGAGCUGCAUCUGGAAAUUUGCCUCAAGGAUCUGGAAGAGGAUCAUGCCUGUAUUCCAAUCAAGAAAUCCGACCCAGUAGUAUCUUAUCGGGAGACGGUCUGUGAAGAGUCUGGCCAGAUGUGCUUGUCCAAAUCCCCUAACAAACACAACCGGCUGUACAUGAAAGCCCGCCCCUUCCCGGACGGGUUGGCAGAAGAUAUAGACAAGGGGGAUGUCAGCUCCCGCCAAGAGCUAAAGCAGCGUGCUCGGUACCUGGCUGAGAAGUAUGAGUGGGACGUCUCUGAAGCAAGGAAGAUCUGGUGCUUUGGCCCUGAUGGGACAGGUCCCAAUAUUCUGGUUGACAUUACCAAGGGUGUCCAGUAUCUCAAUGAAAUCAAAGACAGUGUGGUGGCUGGAUUCCAGUGGGCAACCAAAGAGGGCGUUCUGUGUGAAGAGAACAUGCGGGGGGUUCGCUUUGACAUUCAUGAUGUUACUCUCCAUGCUGAUGCUAUCCAUCGUGGUGGGGGACAAAUCAUCCCAACUGCAAGGAGGGUUCUGUACGCCUCUGCUCUGACUGCCCAGCCCCGGCUGAUGGAGCCCAUCUACCUUGUAGAGAUUCAGUGUCCAGAACAAGUAGUUGGAGGCAUCUAUGGUGUGCUGAAUCGGAAACGGGGUCAUGUUUUUGAAGAGUCCCAAGUAGCUGGGACCCCAAUGUUUGUGGUUAAAGCAUAUCUGCCUGUCAAUGAGUCCUUUGGCUUCACAGCUGACUUGAGAUCCAACACCGGUGGCCAGGCUUUUCCACAGUGUGUCUUUGAUCACUGGCAGGUUUUGCCCGGAGACCCUUACGAUGCCAAUUCACGUCCUUUCCAAGUUGUGGCUGAAACACGCAAACGUAAAGGUUUGAAGGAGGGUAUUCCACCUCUGGACAACUUCCUAGACAAAUUGUAACUACAGCCUCAUCCAGGUGAGGGGUAGCCAUUAACAGUACCCAACUUCAUUAUGAAAUUGGAUUCCUUCACAAAGCCAGGAAAGAAGUGGGAAACUGAACAUACAAAGCUGAACAAAAACACAAACCAGCAUCUAGCAAUUAUGUCAUGUUCACUCAAAUGAGAAAUAAAAGUAUGCGUUGUUGAA